GUACGGCAGUUCGCGGACAGCCGCGCGACGGUUUAGUUGUUUUGGUUAAUGAGGAGUCUUCAGUAUUCAACGAUCGUUUCCGACCGCCAUUCCGCCGUUAUAGCAUGUGCCCACUAGUCCACAGCCACGUAUACUACUCACCGCACCAGCAGACGCAUAAUAAACUUGUCUCCUACGGCUACCGUUAGUCAGCAGCUAAUACUUUUGCGGCAAUCCGCUUUCACAUGUUUCGGAAGGAGCGAUAACACUCGUUGCAUUCACGUCCGCCACUUUGUUCCGCGCACGUGAACGGUGAUCACAGAUCGGUGUGCAGUGAUAGUAUGAUCUUCUUUUGGAUAUUCCAGUGAGUCUCCCGUAGCGAGCGUCUAUACCGGGUGAUCGAGUCGCGAAGUGUGAAGUGGCUUAUUUUUUGCCAUCGCUCUCGCUGUGCCGCAUACGGUGAGAAAAAGAGAGAAAGAGAGAGAAAGUCGAGGAGCCGUUGGUACGAGAGCGUCGCGAGAAGAAAGAGAAAGAGCAGAGGGAGAGAGAUAGAGAGAGAGAAAAAGAGGACUGGUUGAAUCCGGCGUAAAAGGACUCGACUGAUUUCCAAGGAGGACUCCAAGCCUAGUUGUCAGGAUGAGCUGCUGCACCAGCGCGCCAAUGGUCACGCAAACUUGCGAGACUCUUCUCAGCAAGUGCGAAAUCCCGAUCAUCGACCUCGCUCAUAUGGGGACUGAGAGAUGCCCUCAGAAGGGAGUUGUGAAGCAGGUGGCCUCGAAGCUGCUAAGGGCGCUGUCCGAGAAAGGAUUGGCCUUGCUCGUCAACCACGGCAUUCCAGAGUGCAAGAUGAAGGCAGCCUACAGAGCUCUGGACGCAUUUUGCGAGCUGCCGGACGAAACGCGGGCAAAAUACGAGCGCGUUUCGCCGGAUAAUCACGGCUACGUUAAGCCAGACACGGAGAAGUUUUCGGAAGAGAUGGAACUUCGCCACGCGUUCAACGUGACCGGAUGCGAGCGGAUCUUGCCGGAAGAUGAGAUUCAAGGGUUUAGAGCGGCGGUGGACGAAUUGGCUCGCGAUUUCAAGCAACUCGCCACCAUGCUUCUUACUGCGCUGUCCGUGGGCUUGGAACAAUCCCACGACUUCCUGUUGUCGAAGCACGCGCAUAUACUCAGCCCUGGCAACGCGUCCACCCUACGUCUCCUCUAUUAUCCGCCACUCGGUGCACCGGUACAAGGACUGACCCGAUGCGGCGCUCAUUGCGACUAUGGCACUUUCACUUUGUUGGCGCAAGAUUGCGAGGGCGGCCUUGAAAUACAAACUCCACGCGGUGAACGAUGGGGCAGAGUCGGUCAUCUGCCAGGCGCAAUAUUGGUGAAUACCGGCGAAUUAUUGGCGCAUUGGACCAACGGGCAGCUUCCGGCGCUCAGACACCGCGUCGUUAUGCCAGAACACUGCGGCCGCGGCCGUCAUUCCAUCGCCUUCUUUGUGCAUCCGGAUGACGACGUUCCUAUCGAGCCGUUAGACACGAAGAUCGUCAUAGCCAAUCAGGAAACGACCCCUUGCCGCCUGCAGAAGAAGAAGCGUACCGUCCUCACAGCGUAUCAGCAUCUUCAACGACGAUUUCGCGAAACUUAUGCGUCUUAACGGCUCCGUGUGAUCCCAAUUCUUUCUCAGAGUGAUCUGAUAAAGUGAACCUUGAUUCAGUGUUGAAAAUUACAAUUUUUCAACACCCGUUGGGUUGGAGCAAAGAUGACAUUUUAGGAAAUUUGAGAGGUCGAUUUUGUGAAAAGUGAAAUUAAGAUUACCAGAGGCUACUUUUUAAAGUUUGACUUUAGUGAUGUUUUAUCAUAUAUUUUAUCAUGUUUUAUUGACAUUGAAAAAAAAAAAUACU